AUGGAUUUUCUCGACACCAGCGUGGAUUUGGCGACGCUCUUCCGGCGUCAGGUCGAGGCUACACCCGAGGCAGUGGCAGCAGAGGAUGCGACGAGCAGCUGGACAUAUGCGGAGCUGGACGCAGCGGCCGAGCGGGUGGGCUUGCGGCUGCGCAGCUCGUUUGGCGUGGGCCGUGACGUGCUGGUGGGCGUGCUGAUGGGCCGCAGCGUGCAGUAUGUGGUGGCCUGUCUUGCGGCGAUCAAGGCGGGCGGCGCCUUUCUGGUGCUGGAAGUGGCGUAUCCGGCGGGGCUGCUGGCGGACGUGAUCGACGAUGCGCGGCCGGCCGUGGUAAUCACGUCGCCGAGUACAGCAGCCCAAGUGCCGGCCGGCAUAGCAGCUUUCUCUUUGGGUGACGGUGCGGCCAUGAAGCAGUCGUGGCCACUCGGACCAUCGUGGCCAUCGACACCGUUACAGCCUCUGCCAAAUGCCACCGACAUCGACCGGCUCGCAUUUGUGUCCUACUCAUCGGGCACCACUGGCCGGCCCAAGGGCAUCGCCAAUCCACACAGCGCGGCCGUGCGAUCAUACAAUCUGCGGUUCUGCUUCAGCGACGUGGCUGCUAGCGACCGCGUGGCCUGCAACGUUUUCUUUGUCUGGGAGAUCCUGCGGCCACUGCUGCGUGGCGCCACGACCGUGACUGUGCCCGAUGAGACCAGCUACGAUCCCGUUGGCCUGGUCGAGUUCUUGGCUGCUCACGCCAUCACCGAGACGCUCAUGACACCCACACUGCUGGCCACCGUGCUGGCUCGCUACCCGGCCGACCUGGCUGCCCGGCUGCCUCGGCUACGCACCCUCUGGCUCAACGGCGAGGUCGUCACCGUCGAUCUGGCCCGCCGUGCCCUCGCGGCCCUGCCGCCUUGGCCUGCUGCCCGCCUGCUUAACUGCUACAGCGCCAGCGAGACCCACGAGAUUGCCUGCUGCGACCUAGCCACCAUCUUCCCCACCGACGCUACCGUCUGUCCGGCCGGCGUGCCGCUUGACCCGGCUCACACAUACAUUCUUUCCGACGCAGAGCACGGCGCUGAUGUUGGCGUUGGCGUCAGCGGCGAGCUGUUUGUCGGUGGCGGCUUGCUGGCCCGCGGCUAUCUCAACCGCCCCGAGACGACGGCCGCUGUCUUUCUGCCCGACCGUUUCGACGACACCACCGGCGCCCGCAUGUAUCGCACCGGCGACCGAGCUCGCCGGCUGCCCUCGGGCGCCCUCGAGAUCAGCGGCCGCGUCGGAGGCAUGAUUAAGUUGCGUGGCUACACCGUUCAGCCGGCCGCUGUCGAGGCUGCCAUCGUCAAGCACCUCGCUGUGCGCAGCUGUGUCGUUCUUGGCGUCGGCGAGGGCCUGUCUCGCCAGCUCGUUGCCUACGUUGUGCGCGACGAGACCCCUGUCGGUGGCCCCGAGGACCGUCCCGGCGAUCCGCGCAGCCGUGCCCGUCUCGAUAUCGAUGCUGACGGCCGCAGUCCGCUCGCCCGUCGCCUGCUGGCUGCCCAUCUGGCUCACUACAUGGUUCCGGUCGUCUGGGUCCCGCUCGAGGUUCUGCCUACGCACAAGGUCUCGGGCAAGAUCGACGUCAAGGGUCUGCCGCCUCUGCGCCUCGGCUUGACACCACCAGAGACCCCGCGCGAUGGAAGCGUCCGUGGCGAUGUUGUUGAUGCUAGCGAGAUCGCCGAUGUCGACACGGUCGACACUGUCAGCAAUGUCAGCUCUCUCACCGCUGACGUAAGCCGCCACUGGGCCGCCUGUCUCGGCGUCGAACCCUUAGCCGUUACGGCCGACUUCGACUUCUUCGACCUUGGUGGGCACUCGCUGGCUCUCGCCGACCUUGCUAGUCGCCUGUCGCGUGCCUAUGGCGUCACCGUCCCCCUGAUAGAGCUCGCCCGCAACCCGACUCUUAAUGGUCACGUGCAGGCCGUACAGGCUGCCCGUGCCGGCUUCUGUGGCGAUGACGAUGAUGUUGCUGAGCGACUGCGGGCCCGUCUUGAGGAGGACUGCCUGCUGCCCGAUGACAUCCGCGCUGCCGAGUCGCCAGCCACUCCCACCCCUAUUAGCCAGGCCGACCACAUCCUGCUGACAGGCGCCACCGGCUUUCUGGGCGCAUCUCUGCUGGACGCCCUUAUCACCCACACGACUGCCACCAUCUUCUGUCUGGUGCGCACCACCCGUGAGGCCCCCUCUGGAAUGGCCCGCCUGCGCCGCCACCUGCUGGACCUAGGCCUCUGGCACGACGCCAUGGCCGACCGCAUCGAGAUCGUGUCCGGCGACUUGGCUCAGCCACGUCUCGGCCUUACUCCGCCCGAGUUCGACCAGCUGGCCGUCCGCGUCCAGGCUAUCAUCCACGCCGGCGCUGCCGUCAAUCUCGUCUACCCUUACGACGCUUUACGCGAUGCCAACGUCGGCGGCACGCGCGAGGUCUUGCGGCUAGCUGCUGCCGCCGCUAAAGGUGAGGCCUCCUCUGCAGCCACGGUCCACUUCGUGUCCACCAACGGCGUCUUGCCACCGGCCACAGCCGCCUGGCCCGAGAACGCACACAUCGACGCCGCUGACGCCGCCAUCAAGCUGGCCGACGGCUACUGUCAGACCAAAUGGGUGGCUGAGCAGCUCGUCAGCGAGGCUGCUGCCCGCCGCGGCAUUCCCGCCCGCAUCUACCGUCCAGGCACGCUGGGCGGCCACAGCCGCUCCGGCGCCUCCAACCCCCGCGACGUCGUCACCGCCCUGAUUGUCGAGUCGCUGCGGCUCGGCCGCUCACCUCCUGCCAACGCUGACGCUGACUGGCGCGUCGAGAUGACGCCCGUCGAUUUUGCUAGCGAAGCCAUCGUGGCCCUGGCCGACACCUCUGACAGCACCACCAUCUUCCACGUGGGCGACCCCGACGGCCUGUCCUCUACCGACCUAUUCGCCCGUCUGGCCACGCUCGGCUACCCUACCUCUCCUGCCGGCUCCUGGAAUGAGUGGGUGGCCCUCUGGAAUGCCCGCCAGGGUGCUGCUGCUGCCUGUGCUCCGGCUCCUGCUACUGCCUACGACGACCCUUCGCCCGCAGACAUCCUUCGCUCCGGCAUGCCCUCGGCCGAUUUCUUCCGUGCCGCCACCCUUCUCGACGACUCCUGCACGCAGUCGUUGCUGCGAACCUGCCGCGACGACGGCCCCAUCGUGCGCCCCAGCCUCGACCUGGCACUUUUGCGCACGUACACCCGCCACUUCUACUCGCGUGGCUGGCUGGCCAAGGGGCCUAUCAAGACGGCGUUCAUCGCCGGCGCUGACACCACUACACCAGUAGCCAAGCCAGUCCUUCCUCUGGCCGGCCGUGUUGCCGUCGUCGUCGGGGCCUCGUCAGGCAUCGGGGCCGCCAUCGCCACGGCUCUCGUGCGGGACGGUGCCCAUGUGGCCAUUGCCGCGCGCCGCGUUGACGUGCUGAAGAACCUGCAGCAGAAGCUCGAGUGCGAGGGCGCCGAUCACGGCUCCAAGGUGCUGGCCCACGCGGCAGACGUCACAGACGCCGCGCAGGUUGAUGCUCUCGUGGCCGCGGCUGUGCAGCAGCUUGGCGGACCGGUCGACAUCCUCGUUGUCUGUGCCGGCGUCAUGUACUUCACCAUGAUGGCCAGUGCACGCGCCGACGAGUGGACGCGCACCGUCGACGUCAACUGCAAGGGUCUGCUGCACUGCCUGGCCGCCACGGUGCCGGCCAUGACUCAGCGCGGCACUGGUCACAUUGUCGCCAUCUCGUCUGACGCCGGCCGCAAGGUAUUUCCCGGCCUCGGCGUCUACUCCGGCAGCAAGUUCUUCGUCGAGGCCGUCCUGCAGAGUCUACGCGUCGAGACUGCCGCCUCUGGACUGCGCGUCACCUCCGUCCAGCCUGGCAACACUGCCACCGACCUGCUGGCCCUGUCUACCGACCCCGAGGCUAUGGAGAAAUACGGCGCCCCUACUGGUGCCAAGGUGCUGGACCCCGAAGAUGUGGCCUCGGCCGUCAUCUACGCCCUACGCCAGCCCGCUCACGUGGCUGUCAACGAGGUGCUGAUCGAGCCGCGCGAAGAGCCGAUAUGA